AUGCCCGGCCGUCCAAAGGUAUCUCGCAUACGCCUUGCCCGAAGGGCCUGUGAUUCCUGCAAGGUCCGCAAGAUCAAAUGUUCAGAAGUCCCUCCCUGCGAGGGAUGCAGCGCAUCUGGAAUCGAAUGCACAUUCACCACGCGACAAGCAACCCGCGGUCCAAAAGGUCUACGGGAAAAGACCAUUCAGAAAAUCAACCAAAGAACAAAACCCGCCACGCCCUCCUCAUCGUCAAGCGGAAGUGGCGAUGACGAGACUGUAUCCCAUGUCACGGACAUCCUCGAUAUAUAUGCCACGAGGCUGUUCCCUCUGUGGCCGAUAGUCGACGCCGCUGAGCUGAGAGACUCGCUGGCAUCGGGAUCAGCGCGGCCAGGGUCCAGUUCACAGAGACUAGCGGAUGCCGUUGCAUUAGCUACAGUAGGGCAAUUGAAGCUGGUGACGGAUUGGAAGGGUGAUGCUCAAGCGUGUCGAAGGAGAGACGUGGCUGGCGGUCCUGACGCCGAGUUUGCGAAUCCUUUGGAUGACUUGCGCAUAUCUUUCUUUUUGCAUGUGUACUAUGAGAAUCUGGAAGGCGGCGGGAACAAUGCGCUGCUUUAUCUUCGGGAAGCUAUCACUCAUGCGCAAAUACUAAGACUAGAACACGAAUCUACCUAUGCCAAGCUGUCAGAGAUGGAACAACAGCUAUAUAGACGAGUGUUUUGGCUUUUAUUCGUCACAGAGAGGGGCGUCGCAUUACUUCACAAACUCCCAGCAAUACUCAAAUCCAACAUUCGUCUCCCAUGGUAUGGCGUAGCAGACAGUAUCGCCCACAUAUUCCCAGACUUCCUAAAACUCGUCCACCUCUUCUGGAUAUUCGACCAAUCCGGUAUCUUCGAGGCACUCCGAAGCGCCGACUCAGGAAGCAAUUCCCAGGGCACACUCUCUGAGAACUGUCUCAUGAUGCUGCAGCAAAGCCUCCAGGAUUCAACGCGAUUCGAAGCAUGGGCACUAGGUAAUGACAUACAACGUGCCGACGUGCUGGUCACACGAGAAUGGAUGUGUGCUGUGCUUUGGAGAGCUGCUCUACGCUUCGGAAUCGUCAUUCCGACUGUAAAUCCGUUGGACAUUGCGACGAGAUUCCUGGGGCUGGUUUCGCAAAUACCUGCGUCGGUGUUGGAGUCACAUGGGCCUACACUGGAGUUUAAAACAUUCGAGAUUGCCACAGCGGUCGUCGACGCCAUGACGAGCGAUUACACGGGUGUCUCGAACCACGAACUGAAUCAGGUGCUGUACGGGCUUCGAGAUUUGCUCUCCAUGUCUAGGGGCGGUAACGAGAAGUUACUAUCCCUUCUCAACAUGAAGAUGAGCGCAAUUACAACGACCAGUCUCCCGCUGCAACCGCAAUCUGUUGAGCGUUUCGUCGAAGAUAUCCUCCUUAGUAUUGAUGAUAAUGGGAAUUGGCACUACGAGGAUUGCUUUCCACAGCUACAACUUGAUUUGACGGCGUCGCCUGUUCCAGAUGGCAAGGAAGGGGCCGGUCUGAGUAUGCAAAUGCCUCGAUUUACAAGGUCACCGUCGCCGUUGACGCAGCUUUUGCUGGGUGGGAAUUGGGGGGCGCCGCGCGAAAUUUAG